GCAUGCGCGGGGCGUGGCCGCGGGGCCGCUGGCCGUGGGCGCCGCUUGGCCGGUUGUCCUGGAGAAGCAAAAUGGCGGCGACGGCGGCCGCGGGGCCCGAGGAGGACACGGAGCUGCGGGACCUGCUGGUGCAGACGCUGGAGAGCAGCGGGGUCCUGAACCGCAUCAAGGCCGAGCUGCGAGCAGCUGUGUUUCUAGCUCUGGAGGAGCAAGAGAAAGUCGAGAACAAAACUCCUUUAGUAAACGAGAGCCUGAGAAAGUUUUUAAACACGAAGGACGGCCGGCUGGCGGCCAGUCUCGUGGCGGAGUUCCUGCAGUUUUUCAAUCUGGAUUUCACCUUGGCGGUUUUUCAACCUGAAACGAGCACACUUCAAGGCCUGGACGGGCGGGAGAAGCUGGCCCGGGACCUGGGCAUCAUCGAGGCGGAAGGCACGGUGGGCGGCCCGCUGCUGCUGGAGGUGCUCCGACGGUGCCAGCACAAGGAGAAGGGCUUCCUCUGCGCGGAGGGUGCGCUGACGCUGUCGGAGCCACCGUCUCCCCCGAAGUCCCCCGAUGGGAAGGCCAGCGUGCACUCAGCGCCCAGCAAGAUACCCAGGUAUAAAGGCCAAGGCGAGAAGAAGACGAGCAGGCGGAAGCCGGGCGCCAAGAAGGGCAGCACGGAGGCCAGUGACACCAGCCUCUCCUCCAGCGACUCCAGGAGCCGGAGCAGCCGCCACCCGGCGAGCCCCGAGGGCAGGGCGGGCACGCUCUUCGGCAGGACCCGGGACGCCCGCGCCUCCGAGGACGACCUGGACGGAGAUUCUUUCUUUGACGAUCCCGUCCCCAAGUCUGAGAACACGUUCGGCUGGAGAAGUGAGCCCGGAAAGCCGGCGGGAAGCCUGGCCCCACUGGCCGAUGCGCCAACCUUGAGCAGCAGACUGGGCGCCCCGGGCAGCGUGUCCUCGAGGGAGUCAGAAGGGCAGGACGUGAGAGUGGCCAGCGAGAAGGCCGGAGCCCUCGGGCCAGGGACGGGAGAGGACGACUAUGCCGACGAUUUCAAUAGUACCAGCCAUCGCUCAGAGAGAAGCGAGCUAAGUAUUGGCGAAGAGAUUGAAGAAGACCUCUCUGUGGGCGCCGGUGACCUCAAUACCAGUGACAAACUGGACGAGCUGACCCAGGACCUGAGCAUAUCCCAGCUCAGCGACGUGGCCGACUACCUGGAGGACGUGGCGUAGCGCCCGAGGUGGGCGCUGGGAGCCCCACCCGUGCCCUGUGCUCGGGACUGGC